AUGGACGAAAAGAGGAACUCGCAGGUCCCGGAUCCGGAGAGGGGUUCUGACCGACAGAGCCAAGACACUUCCACUACCGCGGAUGUCGAUGCCAUUACUUCAAUUCAUCAAACGGAGGAUCACCGCUCGGUCCAGGAUAAGGAGAAUGGCGACAUGUUCCCCCCUCGGAAUGAUGGCCCUCCUCCUCCGCCCAAUGGAGGAUACGGUUGGGUCUGUACGGCCUGUGUUGCGACAAUCAAUGCCCAUACAUGGGGUCUCAAUUCUAGUUACGGAGUGUUCCUUGCCCACUAUCUCGCCAACGAUACAUUCCCCGGUUCCUCGUCUUUAGAUUACGCCUUUGUUGGUUCUCUGAGCAUCAGUUGCGCCUUGCUCAUCUCUCCUAUCGCAACCGUCCUCGUCCGCGAAAUCGGCACGAAGCCUACCCUGUUAUUGGGAGUUGUUCUGGAAACUACCAGCUUGAUAUGUGCCAGCUUUGCAUAUAAAAUCUGGCACCUUUUUCUCACCCAAGGCGUCCUCUUUGGCCUAGGAAUGGGCUUUCUCUUUGUCCCAAGUGUCGGCAUCGUCCCGCAAUGGUUCACUACCCGUCGAUCCCUAGCCAAUGGCUUCAGUGCAGCCGGAUCUGGUCUCGGCGGUCUUCUUUACUCAUUGGCAUCGGGUGCCAUCAUUGAGAAUAUGGGCCUCAAAUGGGCAUAUAGGAUCCUGGGAAUCCUGGUUUUUGUGGUCAACAUCAUCUGCACACUGCUUGUCAAGGAUCGUAACAAGAUCAUUGGCUCCCGCCAGGCUCCAUUCGACAUUCAACUAUUCAAGCGCCCCGAGUAUAUCCUGCUUCUCGGUUACGGAUGGUUUAGUAUGCUUGGAUACGUCGUUCUCAUCUUCAGUCUUGCCAACUACGCCAACUUCAUUGGUCUCGGCCCUUCUGAAGCGGCCAUGGUCAGCGCCAUCUUCAACUUGGGACAGGCUGUUGGUCGACCCUUUAUCGGAUACUUUAGUGAUCGGACGGGACGCAUCAACAUGGCCUGUGUCACUACAUUCAUGGCCGCCAUUCUAGUCUUCGUUCUCUGGAUCAAUUCCAAGUCGUAUGGCGUCUUGCUCUUCUUUACGAUCGUGGGCGGAGCAGUGGGAGGAACCUUCUGGGCGACAGUGGCCCCUGUCACCGCUGAGGUCGUUGGCCUGGCUGACGUACCUACGGCGCUUAACCUCAUGUGGCUUGUCAUCGUCCUGCCUUGCACUUUCAGUGAGCCGAUGGCGCUCGAGAUUGUCACAGGGACAGGCAAGUACAUCGGCGCUCAAGUUUUCGUGGGUUUCAUGUACGUUGCGGCCGGCCUCUGCUUGUUUGUCCUGCGUGGGUGGAAGAUUGCAGAGAUCGCAGAGAUUGCCCGAGUCACAAAUCAGGAUCCCGAGGACAUCGAUCGUGUCAGGACCCAGAAUAGCGAGGCAGUCAGCAUCAAGAGCAAGAGGGCCGGGCGGAAGAGGAUGCUCGCAGAGUGCUAUAAGUCUGGCUGGAUCUGA